UUAAUCAUAUUGUCACAAGGUUCACAAAGUUCUCUCUCAAGAUGGAAGUAAGUGGAGUAAUAGUGAUCAUAUUGGCAUUGAGUGCAUUCGGAUUGUUUAAUUGGUUGUGGUUAAAACCAAAGAGGAUGGAAAAGUUUUUAAGAAAGCAAGGCCUCAAGGGAAGUUCAUAUAGAUUCUUUUCGGGAGACUUGCAAGAGAUUGUGAAGUUGGCUGUAGAGGCCAAAUCAAAGCCCAUAAAACUAAACGACGAUAUCCUUCCUCGAGUCUUGCCAUACGAGCAUAAAGCGGUUACUGCUUAUGGAAAAAACUUCUUCACCUGGAUGGGUCCCACACCAAUUGUGCAUUUUAGUGAACCAGCUUUGGUAAAGGAGAUCUUGAGUAAUGUCUAUCAAUUUCAUAAGCCAAGUGGUGGAAACCCUUUAAGAAAAUUGCUAGAAACAGGUCUAGUAAACAAGGAUGCUGAUCAAUGGACCAAACACAGGAAAAUCAUGAAUCCUGCUUUCCAUGUUGAGAAGCUAAAGCAUAUGGUGCCUGCAUUUUAUACGUGUACUGCUGAGAUGAUUAACAAAUGGGAAGAUAUGUUAAAGACCCAAAGCUCUUGUGAGCUGAAUAUUGUGCCUUAUUUUAAAAGACUCACGUGUGAUGUAAUUUCGCGUACUGCAUUCGGUAGCAGCUUCGAGGAAGGCCAAAGAAUAUUUGAACUACUAAUAGAACAGGUAGACUUGCUUGUCAAGACUAGGCAAUCAAUCUACAUUCCUGGAACAAGUUGGUUACCAACAAAAAGAAAUAACAGGAUGAGGGAAAUUGACCGUGAACUGAAGACAUUAAUAAGGAGUCACAUAGACAAUCGAAUAAUCGCGAUGGAACGAGGGGAAGGUAUGAAGGAUGACUUGUUGGGCAUACUACUGGAUUCAAAUUUUAAAGCAAUAAAAGAACAAGGGAAUAACAACUCUGGUUUAACUAUCGAUGAAAUUAUCGAAGAGUGUAAGUUUCUCUAUGUUGGAGGACAUGAGACCACACUGAAUUUUCUUGUUUGGAGUAUGGUGCUGUUGGCCCAACACACAGAUUGGCAAGACAAGGCUAGAGAUGAAGUUUCACAAUUCAUUGGGGAUAACAUACCAGACAAAGAUGCGUUGAAUCGUUUAAAAAUCCUUGGCAUGUUUAUAAAUGAGGUACUUAGACUUUACCCACCAGCGCCAAUGACGCAACGCAUGAUACAUCAGGAAACCAAAUUAGGGGACAUAACAUUACCUGCUGGAUCUAUGUUACAUUUGCAUAUUAUGCUUUUGCACCAUGACCGUGACGUAUGGGGUGACGAUGUGAAGGAGUUCAAGCCCGAGAGAUUUUCUGAUGGUGUGUCGAAGGUAACUAAGGGUCAGGCAUCAUACGUUCCUUUUGGUGUGGGUCCACGUAUAUGUAUUGCGCAAAAUUCUACUUUAAUGGAAGCAAAACUGGUACUCGCAAUGAUUCUAAAACGCUAUCGCUUGGAACUAUCACCAUCGUAUACGCAUGCCCCGCACGUCUACGUCACUCUUGAAGCUCAGCAUGGAGCUCAUUUGAUACUACAUAAACUUUAAUUGAUGUAAAUGAAAUGCAUAUGUUACUACUUUGCUUUGUUUAUGCGAGUGUAAUAAGUUGUCGCCUUUAAUAAAAGUUAUGUUUAAUGUUAUAA